AUGGCAACAGUCACAAAUCCUUCAGUGGAUGAACUCGAAAAGAGGGAAGAGGAGCUCUUCAGAACGGGACCUUUGUCAGUGCUGACCACCAGCGUGAAGAGCAACUCUCAGGUGCUCAUCAACUGCAGAAACAACCGCAAGCUGCUUGGCAGAGUAAAGGCUUUUGACAGGCACUGCAACAUGAUCCUUGAAAACGUCAAAGAAAUGUGGACAGAGAUUCCAAAGACAGGGAAGGGAAAGAAGGGGUCAACCCCAGUCAACAAGGACCGCUUCAUUCCCAAGCUGUUCAUCAGAGGAGAUUCAGUGAUCCUUGUGCUCAGAAACCCCAAGUAG